AUGUUAGAGAUGUGGGAGCAAGUGAAACUGCUUGGGCACAUGGGGAAAGUAUAUCUUAAAGGAGUAGUAAAUGAUGAGUUACUGGAUAUAGACAGGGAUGCUGAGCUGUUAAGUUUGUGUGAUAAGGUAUCACUUUCUUAUAAGAGAGUGGUGCUGAUUUUUGUACAACACAUUGAAGAGGAAGGUGUCGCAGUGAAUGAGGAUUGUGAAGAGGUAGCUAUGGCAUUAAAUGAGCAUAGUGAGAAUAUUGGGCCUGUUGGUGAUGAAAAUGGGGCUUCUACUGAAGGCAGUGGGCCACUGAAUAAUGAUAAAGAGGGUCGGCCCCUGAACAAUGAGGGUAGUAGGGCUGAUAUAGGUGACACUGAUGUGGAAGACAGUGAAGACAGUGAAGAAGAAGACAAGGAAGAGAACCUUGAUUUUGUUGACAGUACUUAUGAGCAGAGUGAAAAUGAAUGUGAGUUGUUGACAAAGGACGAUAAAGCAUUUGAAAAUUAUGUAGACCAGCUAGAAGUAGUUGAAGACCCAAAUGCCCAUGUAGAUGAAGAUCGGGAGUCAACUGAUGUAGCUAAAAGUGAUGUUGAGAGCUUGGAUAGUAGCUCAUAUGAUGAGGAUGAUGGGAACCAGAAGAAAAGGAAGAAGAAAUUGCCUAAAUUUCAAGAAUUUAGGCCUGAAACAGACAUGCGCAACCCUAUGUUUAAGCUGGGUUUAAGGAGGAUGAUUACAUUCAAAUGCAAUGAUCGUGAUAGGAAGGCAACAUCCAUAUCUGAGGGGACUUAUGAAAAACAGUAUGAAUUAUUAUGGGAUUAUGCUGCUGAACUAAGAAGGACAAAUGUGGGUAGCACAGUCAUUAUCAAAUGUGAGUUGGAGGGUGAAAGGCCAAGGUUUCAGAGGAUUUACAUUUGCUUGGCUGCAGUUAAACAAGGGAUUUUGCAUGGAUGUAGGCCAGUUAUAGGAUUUGAUGCUUGUCAUAUAAAGGGUCAUCACCCUGGACAAUUGUUAUCUGUUGUUGGUGUGGAUCCUAACAAUGGUAUGUAUUCUAUUGUGUAUGCAGUGGCUAAGGUGGAGAAUUAUGAAACAUGGUCAUGGUUUUGUCAACUGUUGGCGGAUGACAUUGGAAUCGAAAACAACAGCGGAUAUGUCUUUAUCACAGACAAGCAAAAAGGCUUGAUUGAUGCAAGGGUUGGUGUUGAAAUUGCAAAUGGAGAAAAUUGGAAGGAGCACAACCAUCCCAUGGUGGGAUGCUGA